UCUGCCACUGGUCUAUGACUGACCGUCUGGACUCCGAGGAGAAGGUAAGGAAGGGAGGAAGGUGGUCUGCGAUGAUGGACCCGGAAAUGGAAGCCCUAGCGAUGGGCCUGCUGCAGCCGGUUCGCCUGGUUCCGGCGGAAUACUCCGGCGACGAUUUCCAUGCGGCGGUGGCUACGUCUUCAUCGGCGGUUGAACUGCAGGGCCGAAGGAUCGCCCCUCCGACGACGCAGAGGACGGACGACAUCGCCUCCGCUAGGGCGGCCCCGCAAUGGAGCCACCAGGAGACGAGGGACUUCAUCGCUAUAAGGGCGGAGCUCGAGAGGGACUUCACGCAGGCGAAGAGAAACAAGACGCUGUGGGAGGCGGUCGCCGCCAGGAUGGCGGAGAUGGGCUACCGGCGCACGCCGGAGCAGUGCAAGUGCAAAUGGAAGAACCUGGUCAAUCGCUAUAAGGGGAAGGAAACUUCAGACCCUGAUGAGGGACGACAAUGCCCAUUUUUUGACGAGCUGCACAAAAUUUUCACUGAGCGUGCCAAAAAUAUGCAGCGAUUACUGCUAGAAUCUGAAUUACGGGAUACUAUCUCAAAGAAGAAAAUGAAAAGGCCACAACAGGAAAGGUUUUCAGAUGAUUUGCCUCAAAAUCCAGAUGAGGAUGAAGAGGACAGUGACGAGGAAAGCAUAGCAAGAAAAAGCAAGAGAAGUAAGGCAUAUGGAGACAAGGCAGGGGUGACCCUGGAUAAGUCUAAGCAGACCACGCUUGAAGGCAUUCUUCAGUCUUUCUUUCAGCAACAGCACAUGCUAGACCUUCAAUGGCAACAGAUGAUGGAUAGGAGGGCACAAGAGAGGCAUCUCUCUGAGCAGGAAUGGCGGAAGUCCAUGGAGAAACUAGAAAGGGAUAGGUUGAUCAUGGAACAAACAUGGAGGGAGAAGGAGGAACAGAGACGCAUUCGAGAAGAAACACGGGCAGAAAAGAGAGAUGCGCUUCUCACUGCACUGCUUAAGAAACUUAUCAACGACUUUUGAAGGGUAAAUGCACGGAAAACAGGUGACUUUGCUGCUUUUUCUUCUUCCUGCAAGGAACUUCAGGAACUGUGUGCAAAGGCGGAAACCAUUAUUGAAGGAGGCCCUUUUGGCACUCAUGUCCGUUGGUAUUGGACAAGGAAGGAGGAUAGUUAGUCAACACAUUUUUCUUUUAGUGGCUGUAUAUUAAAGAUUUUGUUUGAAUUUUUCUGUUUGAGAAUAUCAUGCAUUCUUGCGUUGAUUAUGAA